AUGGAUAGAACAUGGAUGGUUGCGGAUAGGAGAUCUCGGCAAUAUAAAUUAGGGGUGACACAGUUCUGUAAAUUUGCCUUCGAAAAUGCUAAAGACCCUAACCAUAUUUGUUGUCCUUGUACAAAAUGUGGAAAGGUUGACUACUUUUCCGCUUCUGUAAUAAGGGACCAUCUAUUUGUAAAUGGUAUUGAUGCGAGUUAUGAUAAAUGGAAUGAGCAUGGGGAUGCCAUAUUGGAUUCAGCAGCUGAUGAAUCUACUGAUGAUGCAGCAGUAGAUUCAGAUUCACAUAGUUCUUACUCUGUGAACGACAAUGAGAUACCUGAAUAUGAAUUAGGAUUAGGUAGUGAUGCAGACAUGGAAAGUGAUGAGUGUAACGAGUUUAGACAGUUUGUAGAUGACGCUAAUAAACCGUUAUACCCUGGUUGUGAUAGGCACACAAGGCUGAAUGUUCUGGUGAGGCUUUACAACUUGAAAGCAAAGCACGGUAUGAGUGAUGUUGCUUUCUCUGAGUGGUUGAUUGCGUUUGCGGAGUUUCUUCCAGUAGGCAAUGAGAUACCUGCCUCUGUCUAUGAGGCAAAGAAGACAUUAAGUUCUCUAGGAAUGGAUUACACUAAAAUUCAUGCCCGCCCAAAUGAUUGUGUUUUGUAUAGAAAAGAGUAUAUUGAUGCAAUUAAGUGCCCUACAUGUGGUAUUUCAAGGUGGAAAGUAGGUAAAAACUUGAAAGAAAGGGAAGGCGUACCUGCAAAGGUACUAUGGUACUUUCCUCCUAUUCCUAGAUUCAAAAAAAUGUUUCAGUCAGAGGGUACAUGUAAGAGUCUGACUUGGCAUGCUACUGACAGAAAACGCGAUGGCUUGAUGCGUCAUCCAGCUGCUGCAACUUCAUGGAAGUUAGUAGAUGAAAAAUGGCCAGAUUUUGGUUCUGACCCUAGAAACCUAAGACUUGCAUUAUCAUCAGACGGGUUCAAUCCCCAUAGUUCAUUAAACAGCAAGUACAGCUGUUGGCCUGUUAUUCUGGUCGCAUAUAAUCUGCCUCCAUGGCUCAUAAUGAAGAGAAAACACAUGUUGUUAACUCUAUUGAUUUCUGGGCCUAAACAACCAGGAAAUGACAUUGAUGUCUACUUGGAACCUUUGAUAGAGGACUUGAAACUGCUAUGGGAAGGAGUUAGUGGUGUCUACGAUGCAAGACAAAGUGAAUACUUUACUCUUAGAGGUUUACUAUUCUGGACAAUCAACGAUUUUCCAGCUUAUGGUAACCUAUCUGGGAGUAUAGUUAAAGGGUAUAAUGCAUGCCCUAUUUGCCUUGAAAAUACAAAACCAACAAGACUAGUUAAUGGAGGGAAAAUGGCUUACAUCGGGCAUCGAAGGUUUUUAGGAAGAAACCAUCCUUAUAGAAGGCAAAAGGCUGCUUUCAACAACCUUCCAGAACAUUCUCCCCCUCCUGUUCCUUUGAGUGGGGAAGAAGUACUGCACAGGGUGGAGCAGGAAGUUCCAAAGUACCGUUUUGGGAAAAAAAAUCAGCCCCCUCCUUACAAGGAGAAAAAUGUAUGUGAUAGUCUCAUAGGUACCUUGCUCAAUAUUCCUGGAAAAACAAAGGAUGGAGUGAAAACUCGGUUGGAUCUAGUGGAGAUGGGUAUUAGAUUAGGAUUAAGGCAUGAUCUUGAAGGUCCGAAAAAGGAGCGCUUGCUAUUGGCAAGCUGGAACCUAAAGACAAAUGAAAAAAGAUGCAUGUGUGGGUCUUUUUUUGGCAUGAAGGUUCCUGAAGACUAUUCUUCUAACAUAUCAAACCUGGUUUCCAUGGAUGAUUUAAGGCUUAGUGGACUUAAAUCCCAUGAUUGUCAUGCCUUAAUGCAACAACUCCUCCCUGUUGCCAUACGAGGUGUGCUUGAAAAGCCGGUCAGAAUUGCCUUGAUCAGGUUAUGCCUGUUUUUUAAUGAAAUCUGCAGCAAGACUAUUGAUGUGUCAAGGCUGCCGAAUAUCCAAAGUGAACUUGUUGAAACAUUGUGUGAGCUGGAAAAGUACUUUCCCCCAUCAUUUUUUGACAUAAUGGUUCAUCUAACAGUUCACCUAGUUAGAGAGGUGGAGUUAUGUGGACCAGUUUGCUUUCGAUGGAUGUAUCCAUUUGAGAGGUACAUGAAGAUUUGCAAAGGAUAUGUUCGAAAUAGAAAUCGGCCAGAAGGUUGCAUUGCUGAGUGUUAUAUUGCUGAAGAGGCGGUUGAGUUUUUAGCAGAGCUUUUCAUUGAUGACAAGACUGUUGGGAUUCCAUCUGACCCUCACAUAGAGGACAAGCCUACCUCAGGUGCUACAGUUAUUAGUGUUUACGGCAAGUUAUUUGACCAAGCUCAUCUUUGCGCUCUUCAAAACACGGAUGAAUUCAGAAGCUAUUUUGUGUAA